UUCAAACACAGGCAACAGGAAGCUCGGGGCCGGGACGGCCCGCAGGAGGCCCGGCGCGUGUGGCUGGACGGCGCCCCGCCGGAGAGGAGGCGUUAGGAGCACCCGCCGCGCCCGGCGCCCUGCGGAGCGGGACUCCACCACCGACCAAUUUUAUAAUGGGCUGCAUUAAAAGUAAAGAGAAUAAAAGUCCAGCAAUUAAAUAUAGAACAGAAAACACUCCAGAACCUGUCAGUACAAGUGUAAGCCAUUAUGGGACAGAACACACUCCAGCAACACCAUCAUCUUCAGCAAAGGGAACAUCUGUUAAUUUUAACAGUCUUUCCAUGACACCAUUUGGAGGAUCCUCAGGGGUGACACCUUUUGGAGGAGCAUCUUCCUCAUUCUCAGUGGUGCCAAGUUCAUAUCCUGCUGGUUUAACAGGUGGUGUUACUAUAUUUGUGGCCUUAUAUGAUUAUGAAGCUAGAACUACAGAAGACCUUUCAUUUAAGAAGGGUGAAAGAUUUCAAAUAAUUAACAAUACGGAAGGAGACUGGUGGGAAGCAAGAUCAAUUGCUACAGGAAAGAAUGGCUAUAUUCCUAGCAAUUAUGUAGCCCCUGCAGAUUCCAUUCAGGCAGAAGAAUGGUAUUUUGGCAAAAUGGGGAGAAAAGAUGCUGAAAGAUUACUUCUGAAUCCUGGGAAUCAACGAGGUAUUUUCUUAGUAAGAGAAAGUGAAACUACUAAAGGUGCUUAUUCCCUUUCUAUUCGUGAUUGGGAUGAAGUAAGGGGUGACAAUGUGAAACACUACAAAAUUAGGAAACUUGACAAUGGUGGAUACUAUAUCACAACUAGAGCACAAUUUGAAACUCUGCAGAAGUUGGUUAAACACUACACAGAACAUGCUGAUGGCUUAUGCCAUAAGUUAACAACUGUAUGUCCAACUGUGAAACCCCAGACUCAAGGUCUAGCAAAAGAUGCUUGGGAAAUCCCUCGAGAAUCUUUGCGACUAGAAGUUAAACUAGGACAAGGAUGUUUUGGUGAAGUAUGGAUGGGAACAUGGAAUGGAACCACAAAAGUAGCAAUCAAAACACUAAAACCAGGUACAAUGAUGCCAGAAGCUUUUCUUCAAGAGGCUCAGAUAAUGAAAAAAUUAAGACAUGAUAAACUUGUUCCACUAUAUGCUGUAGUUUCUGAAGAGCCAAUUUAUAUUGUCACUGAAUUUAUGUCAAAAGGGAGCUUAUUAGAUUUUCUGAAGGAAGGAGAUGGAAAAUAUUUGAAGCUCCCACAAUUGGUUGAUAUGGCUGCUCAGAUUGCUGAUGGUAUGGCAUAUAUUGAAAGAAUGAACUAUAUUCACCGAGAUCUUCGGGCUGCUAAUAUUCUUGUAGGGGAAAAUCUUGUGUGCAAAAUAGCAGAUUUUGGUUUAGCAAGGUUAAUCGAAGACAAUGAAUAUACAGCAAGACAAGGUGCAAAAUUUCCAAUCAAAUGGACAGCUCCUGAGGCUGCACUGUAUGGUCGAUUUACAAUAAAGUCUGAUGUGUGGUCAUUUGGAAUUCUACAGACAGAACUGGUAACAAAGGGCAGAGUGCCAUAUCCAGGUAUGGUAAACCGUGAAGUGCUGGAACAGGUGGAACGAGGAUAUAGGAUGCCUUGCCCUCAGGGCUGUCCAGAAUCUCUACAUGAUUUAAUGAAUCUUUGUUGGAAGAAGGACCCUGAUGAAAGGCCAACAUUUGAAUAUAUCCAAUCUUUCUUGGAGGACUACUUCACUGCUACCGAGCCACAGUACCAGCCAGGAGAAAAUUUAUAAUCCAAGUAGCCUAUUUUAUAUGCACAAACCUGCCAGAAUGUAAAAAACUUACGUAGACUUCCUCACAUACAGGAAUCAAAAGAAGAAAAUCUUCUUCACUCCGCAUGUUUUUAAUGGUAAACUGGAAUUCCAGAUAUGGUUACACAAAACCACUUCUUUGUGUUCCAAAUGUUAAACUCUAAAGUACCAGUGAUGAAUUUUUCAACUUAAUUCAGGGUCCAAAGAAAGUAUAGCUAAGAUAUUGAUGACAGUGUGAAUGAUAGCACGGCAAUGGAAAGCAACAAGGCUACUGUUCAUAAGUCACUUCCUUUCUUAUUCCCCAAAUUCAGAAUUUUUAAGAGAAAAUUAUUUCUCAUUAUAGAUAAAACUUGGGAGAUAUGAACAGUUAUGCCAUAAGUUUUAAAAAUCAAGGAACUUAAUGGGACCAAGUGAUUCCAUUCCAUUUUUUAAAUUUGCUCGCAUUCAUUAUUCUCAAACGUUUUUUCUAUAAGUUGAAGUUAAUAUGCAGUUUUAAUAUAUGCCUUCCUUGCAUGGAAAUGAGCAAGGUUUUUUAGAAGCAAAAAGGAAUAUAAGCAACAUCUAACUUGGUUAAAUGUUAGACGACAGCAGUGGGAUUUGAAAGUAUAGUGCACCUGUUAAAAUUCAAACUUGUGGAACUGGAAAGUAGAACUUUUUCACUUUAAAUCAUUUUCUGAAAAGCUCAGUUUGGAAUAAUUAAGGGAACUACAAAGUAAGUUAAUCUUUUAUAAGUUUGCAUUAAUUUUUUUAAUGGCAAUAUUUAAUUGAAAUUGUACUAUCCAAUCCAAGAUAUCCAAUCUCUAGAAUAGCAUGAAAAAGUAAAUCCCAGAAUUUAAAUAGGUAUUAUGAGAUAUUACUAAAUAUGUACUUAUGGUGUGAUGGCUGCCACAAAUGUAAAAAUAUCACUAGAUCAGGGAUUUGAAUGCACUUUUGCCCUUAUUGCAUAUAGACUAACAGAGAAGAAUUGUAUUUAAAAGAAAUACGAGAAAAGAAAAAUGUGAAAGUUUUACAGAUAGAGGGAUGGAAUGUUAUGUUUAAUGUUGAUUUAUGGGAUGACAAAAUGGCUUUGCUGGCACUCAAAGCUUCUCAACUAUUUUUUGAGAUAUUAAAAGAGUUGUAAGAUAAUGACUGUAAGACUAAUCUAACCAUAAACACUAAAUAACUGUUAUAGCCUCAAAAUAAGUUAAGGCUUCCCACUAAUUCCAAUGAUACAGCUUUUAUGCAAAACAUUUUUAAAACUCCAGUUUUCACAUUUGUGUUUGAAUCUAUAUUCACUUUUUAAAUAUGCUUAAUGGUGAUGAAUUUUUUCCCCUUUUAGAAUUUAGUUGAUUUAAAGUGGAAAACUUAUUUAGAAUAAUAGUGGUGAGAAGGGGGGACAGUUUUUCCUCAUUUAAAGUACAGAAGUAAAAUACACAAAAUAAGACUGAUUUUUAUAACUAAGGAAUUCCAAAAUAUGAAUUUGAAUAGCAGCAUUCUUGGCCUAAGGAUCUAGCAAAGGAACUGAAUCUGACAAAGUAAAAGUCUGGUAUUUAUGUUUUAAAAUACUCUUUUAUAGUCACACUCUAAAUAAAGCAAUAUAGCAGGUCCCCAUAUUUUAGGAAUUCAGUUUUUAACUACCAUCACUUACCUGAUUAUUAAAUGUAACAUUCUGUGCCAUGGUAUCUAUGUGGAAAUUCAAACCAUUUUAAAAUGUGACAGAUGACCUUCAUGCAAGUUGGCAACAGUUCUGGUACUAAAAAUUGUGGUGGUUUCUUAUGUUUACGUAACCUGCUUAGCAUUGAAUCCCUCUUCCAAGAGGAUCUUCCUGUGAAGACUGCCAUCAAGUCACCUUUACUCUUAAUGUCUGCAACCUGUGACAUCAGAUUUUUAAAGGGCUCAUGUGAACUAUGGUAUAAUUUUUCUAGCAUUUAAAAAAGGGUAAUAAAAUUAUAUGUUUAUGUACUAAUCCUGUUCAGAAAAGUAAGCCAGGAAAAGAUGAUGGUAUUCCUUUGGUUUUGACUAAAUGGAGCUGUUCCUUCUAAUAUCAGUUGUAUAGUAAGGAAAUAACACUAACUCACUGUGUAUUCAGUUUAAAUGGUUAUGUAUUUUUCACUUGCCAAGAAAAAUACCCAGCUUUGUAUAUUUGAGGAUUUUCUCCCAACACCUUUUCACCUUCAAUAUCUUAUUGUGGAACUUUUAACCCUUCCCUCCCCCCGCCCCCCCAAAAAAAAAGUUGGCAAAAACAACCUUAUAGCACAAACACUUUUUAAGAUAAAUAAUGGUAGCCUAAAACUUAAUAUUUUUAUAAAGUAUUAUAUUGUUUUGUGGAUAAUUGAAAUAAAAAUUUUCAUUGAAUGUACCCAUUUAUCUUUUUUUGCCACUAUUCAUACUUUCUCACCAGAUUUUUUAAAUUGGUAUUUAAAGCAAAGUAUUUAGAAAAAAACAUCUUCAGUUAUAUCAGGUUUAUUCUAUGGUGGUUUAUUUUCCAUGUCAGGUGAAUGACAUUAUUUUUACAAGUAGCUUUUUUUUUUUUUUUUUAAGUAAUAUCAGCAACUACUGGCUAUUCACAGAGAAUCUGUGUUGAAGAAUAUAAAAUAGAAUAACUUCUGAUCAUAAGGAAUUUAAUUUUCUAGAAAUGAAAAAAUACAUGAGCCUAUUUCUGUGUAUUUUAACUUCUUUAAGUAUAAUGAAAAUAAAAUUAUACUAAAUUAUGAAUGGACAAUCAAAACCAUUUGUUAUUUUCAAUAAGGUAUUAGUAUUACCUUUUACUAUAUAUAUCUAAAAUUAUUGGUUUUGUUUUUCCCUGAUGAUUUCAGAUGAGUAACGUUUAGUCAAACACACAAUUUAGUAAACAUAUAUUAAAUAUUUUUUACAAUAUAGUAAUAGCGCCUCAGUAUUUUCCUAUUUUGCUAAUUGUCUUUUAAUUUUGCAUGUAAUAUUUUUGACAUUUUAGUUGUACAUUUGUAUGUUGUCAAGUUCUUUUUAUGCUUAAAAAGUCCUUUGCAUUCCAAGAUUAAAUAUUCAUCUCAUUAAAUUUUAUGCUUUUCUUC